CCCCUCAAAAAUACAGCUCUUCUGAUUGGCUCGUUCCUAAAAGUUGCGUUUAAGGACGACUGAGUCUGUAAACCAGGGGGACGUUUACCCGGAAACUAUCGACUGUAGCGACACGAGUCGUCAGUAGUCAAAGGUCUUUAAGAGUCUUUUGUCAAACUAUUCCUCUGCACCUCUUCGUGUUGAGCUUUUCAUGCAUUGCAGGGUGAUGCUGAGGAGUGUAUUCAGGUGCCUUAGGACCAAUCUUGUAGCUGGCCAAAGAAAUAUGUCUCAAAGCAGUCUUUCUGGCAAAGUAGCCAUAGUCACUGCCUCCACAGAUGGAAUCGGGCUGGCUGCGGCUCAGGCUCUGGGAAAAAGAGGUGCCCAUGUGGUUGUGAGCAGCCGGCGGCAGGCCAAUGUAGACAAAGCUGUGGCACUGCUGCAGAGCCAGAGCAUCCAAGUGACUGGAACAACCUGUAAUGUCGGCAAAAGGGAAGACCGAGAAAAACUGGUUCAGAUGACUCUGGAUCGGUGUGGGGCCAUUGACAUCCUGGUGUCCAAUGCAGCAGUCAACCCUUUCUUUGGAAACAUCAUGGACUCCACAGAGGAGGUCUGGGAUAAGAUCCUGGAUGUGAACGUAAAAUCAGCCUUCCUCAUGACCAAGCUGGUGGCGCCUCAUAUAGAGAAGAGAGGAGGUGGAAAUGUCAUAUUUGUGUCAUCUGUGGCUGGAUACCAACCAAUGCAGGCUUUGGGUCCUUACAGCGUGAGUAAGACGGCCUUGCUGGGUCUAACCCGGGCUCUGGCCCCUGAGCUGGCUCAGAGCAACAUAAGAGUGAACUGUGUGGCCCCUGGAAUAAUCAAGACCCGCUUCAGCUCUGCGCUGUGGCAGAAUGAAGGCGUCGUGGAUGAGUUAAAAAAGCAGCUAUGCAUUAAAAGAGUUGGAGAACCGGAGGAAAUCGGAAGUGUGAUUGCGUUCUUGUGCUCCGAGGAGGCGUCCUACAUCACCGGAGAGACCAUCACAGUGACCGGAGGGAUGAACUGUCGACUUUGAACGCAUCAUUUUUUAUUUGAUUUUGAUUUCUUCUAUUUUUCUGAAGUGCUGGCAGAAAACAGCUACAACUAAGCUUAGCACAGGAGCUACAACACGCUAAUAUAAACCAAUAUAAUGAAGCACAGAGAGCUCUGGGUUACUGUGAGCGUCUUGAGUUUCCAGGUUGAUUUUUGUUGUGUAAAGGUUUCUAAUGAAAAAUCUGAUGUUCUUGUAAAAUAAUAAUAAUUAAUUUAAAAUGUGUAAUUUAAACUGCAGCAGAGAUAAAAGCUAUUUCAGUGCAUAAACAUAUUCAUGAUUUACAGGCCAGGGAUGGUUUAAUAAACUGAUGUAAUAUCAGUCAUUACAUGAGCUGAACGUCAGGAGCAGUUUGAGAGCUUUGCCUUCGUCGAUGAGCCAAAUGGAGCGUGCACCAGUGUCAUCAUCAACCAGUUUUUAUUUUGUAUUUCAUUUAAUAUAUUUCAUACAAAACAUCACGAACUUUAUUAACAGAGAUAUUAUUACAUAUUGCAAUUUAAAAAAUAUUUCACAUUUGUAACAGACAACACAUAUGUUUUUAAAAAAAUACAAUUUAAAUGAUUAUAAAAGCUGUAUGACACUGCCUGUAACCAGGGCUACGUUUUUCCACGAUGUCAAAGCACCUGUUCAAGUUUUAAUCGCCCUGAGUCAGGUUUAUUUCAAGCAAAUGGAAGAUAAAAGUGUCCAUCAGUCUCAAUAGCAUUUAAAAACCUGUUAUUCUUUCCAACCAUGUCGCCGGUGGAGGACAAAAAUCAUUUCAUCACCUCCGUUUGUGUCCAGCAGACAAUAAGCGGCGCCGGGUCAUCGCAGGUUUCCAAAACUCCCUCAGGGUGGGCACGUAGGUGCCGUGUUUGGUCUUGUAGUAGCGUUUCAUAAACAGCUGGGGGAGACAGAGGCAAUUCAACACACUAAGAAUAAGAGUUUACUGUGUUACAGGUAUCAGUUACAGCAGGGAGGACAAACUCAUUUUACACUGUUUUAGUCCUGAGUGAGCCGGACCAGAGAAACUCGUCUUUCUAUCAGUGUAAACACCUUCAACUGCACAUUUAACCCCUGAAAUCUAAAAUUAGAAAAACAAGUCUCAGUACAUCUUAGUUGUUCAGCUGUGAGAGAAAUGUCAGCGUUAAUCUUUGAGCUUAAACUGUAAAUUAAUGUAUAAAUAUACAGAAAAGGUCUUGUAAUUAUAAAACAAUGUUUUUGUUUUGUAUUUUUUUUAAUUUCUGUGAAUGAAUUAUAAAGAAAAACAAAGAAAAAACAGCAA